CAGUCAGCCGCUGGAUAUCAUCGGGGUCGGAGUAGUGUGUCGUGCGUCGACCGCGUCGACGCUCCACUCUGGUGUCUUCGCGCGCGUGUUUCGCCAAUCGUUUCUUCUUUUCCGACACGGGUCGCGUGAUGCGCACCACGAUAAUCGGUCGAGCGAAAUCAAUCCGUCGGUCGUGACGACUCAACAACGAUGAUUUUGAUGCUCUAAUUCGAGAGGGGAAACACAUGCCCGAUUUUUGGAAAUCCAUCAUUCCGACGACGAACUCGCCGUGGACGCCGAGUCAACAUCGAUCGGCGCCAGAAAAAGAGAGAAGGAUUCACCUGCACGUGGACAGUUAUCCCGAGAUCAAACCAAUUUAUUACGGAGUUGGUCCCGUUUCGGGAUGUUGUCGCGCGACGUACUGACUAUCGCGAUGAUGACGACAAGUCUCGUCGUCGCUGUCACCAGCGGUGCGCCCACAAAUUUAGAUCCGGAGGAUUAUGAGGUGCUCGCCGACAACGAGGCACGAUCCAUCGAUAAAGAUUCUUCGAAUAUGGGGGAAGUAAGAUGCUAUUGCAAUCAACCGGAAUGCGUUCCUCAGGGAUAUAUGUGUCGCGGUAGGAGUUGCUUUACAAAAUUACCAUCAAACGCAAAUGCGCCGCUUUCGAAAGCGGAGCACACUGCUCACAGCGGUUGCCUCGAUGAGAGCUUCAAAAGUCGCCAGUGUCCCGCAGGAUUUCUCUGCUGCGAUCAGGAUCUCUGUAAUCACGUGGACAGCCCCGCGAUGAGAAAUAGACUCAAUAAGACUCUACGAGUAUUGAUCGGCGAUCAGCGAGCGUACUUGGCACCAUUGCAUCCAAACAGCCGCGGAAAUCAGAUGACUGACGGCUGGUUCCCGACAGCAACGAUCAUCGUGGCUAUCUGUGGAUUCAUCGUCCUGCUGAUGAUCGCCAGCCUAGCUGUUAGAUGGCUUCAGCCUAUGCCGGCGCAAAACACAAAUAAAUUUGUGCCACAUCGAACAUCCGAUAACGGACCACCCUUACUUGGACCACCGAAAGUGCCUCUGGUUUAAGAAAUUUCUCGAUCCUCGGACAUAUUUCUCCCAAUAAGAGGUGUUCUAUUAUUAAGUAAUAGUUUAAUUAACAGAGCUGGCUGCGCUAGUUUUGGUAUAUGACUCGUAAAAAAUCGGAGUUGUGCCAUACAGAUACGUUUGCAUAGCGAAGGCUACCGAGUAUGUAACUCUUGCGUUUAGUAUACAGACCGAAUAAGAUUUCUUUACGAGUAAUUUUAUUGCAAUUAAAUUUUGUUUCAACUCCGUUCCGAUUUCUUACUUACAAUACGCAUUCAUAUGAGAAAUCUAUAUAAGACAGUGUAUGCAAAGUUUGCAAGGUUUACAAGGUUCCACCACAGAGACCAGAGUCAUAUAUCAAGUCCGGCCAUAAGCGCUGUCUAGAAAGCUAGCGAGCCGUCGAAGGCUCUACUUGGCUGUGAAUUCUACGAAGAAAGCAACUAUUGUAAAUUAUAUCUCGUAAUGAUAACGUAUUACUCGUUGCAUUUCCUCGAAACGUCAACGCGGCACGCACGUCGACAUUGUCGCGAGAUCAAAGAGUGAGAAUGAGGAUUUUUCGAUCCUUUAAACAUGACGUUACGACGACACAAAGUAUAUGAUAUGUUUCUGUGUCGCUGUAGGAUUGUAAAUAUAGAUAUGUAUGUAUGCGCGCGCGCGUACAUACACACAUCACACGUAUCUAUUAUUUUUUAUCUUGAAUGGUACAUUAAAUUUGAUGAUAUUAUUGCGUUAUAACGAUGCGAGAACGUUGCGAUUAUUGAACUCUGUUCCCUAAAAAUAUUAAUACGUAUUUUUAAUUUACAAAUAGUAAAUACAUUUACAAAUAAAUUAUCGCGUCAAUAAAGUAAGGGAAGAUUAUACAUUUCACAAAUAACCUAUAAGAAUUAUUAUAAUAGAAAAUAAAUUUGUGAUCGAUAUAAUUUUUCGUUCAAGUCGCCAUUGCGAUUUCAGUCACAGCCAUUAAUUUGUGAAAUUGUAUAAUAUAAUUUCUUUAUACAUAUUUUUAAGCGUAUUUCAUAUAAACACUGUAUUGUGAUAGUACGACAUAAUGACUAAAUAAAUACGUGUAGGUCUGCCCAGA